AAACAGAAUACAUGAGUUAAUUAGAUAUUGUUGAAUUAUUGAGAUAUACGUAUUUGUUUUUUAUGUAAAUUAUUAGUAUUAGUAUUUACAUAUGUGGUUUUAAUACAGAAUCGAUACAUCUUGUCGCUACACCACGCAUGAAAUAAUAUAUUCCUUUACAGAAGAAGAAAAAACGAAAUAAUACAAUGUCCUCCAGAAGAUGGGAAACAAAUUCUAAGGAAUAUAAUUCAUAUGAAAGAAGAAAUAGAAACAAUACAAGUAAUAAUAGGAAUUAUCAAGGAAGAAGCAGAGACAGUCAGUUUCAGAGAUAUCACAAUAGAUCUUUUGAUAAUUCUUGGAAUAAUCAAAAAGAAGAAUCUUGGGAUAAGCCUCAGGAUAACUUUCCACAAAAAAACUUAGGGGAACUAAGGGAUAUCUCUCAGGGAGAGAACUGGGAUAUUUCUCAGCAGGAGAACUGGAAUAAUCCUCAAGCAGAAUCUUGGAAUGAACCAAGCACAUAUAGUCAUAGAACAGAAAAACAUAUUCAAAGAGAAUAUUCUGGAAAAAAAUUUAAUGACAGUAACACCAGUAGAAGAAAUAAUAGAUCAAAUUUAGAAGGGCUAGUUAUAUAUGUGAAGAAUGAUAAUGUUAGGAAACUUAUUGGGAAAGGAGGUACCCAAAUUAAAGCUCUGCAAACAGAAAGCAAUGCUAGAAUUAAAGUUGAAAGUGUACCAGUAGAUGAGAUGGAUCCUGAACAUAUAGGGGAAACGGCUGUUAGAUUGAUUGGUACAGAAGAAGCACAACAACGAGCCAAAACCUUAAUAGAAGAAUUGUUAUCUGAAAAAAUAUUUGGUGACUUUCUUGUACUAGAAGGAGAAGAAGCAGAAAAAUAUAAGAAGGCUCAGCAAGAUGAACUUAUGGCAAGAUGUGCAAAUAUUGAUUGGCAAAAAGCUAGUGAAGAAUAUGAAGAAUAUCGAAGACGAAGGUUGGCAGCUUUGCCUCCUAUUAUAAAAGACUUCUAUAAAGAAGAUCCUGCUGUUGCUAAAAUGACAUCCUGGAAAGUAAAGGAAAUCAGAAAAAACAACAAUAACAUCGAAGUUGAUCGAUUUUGUGACGAAAAGGAAGAUAACACAAAUAUAUCAAAACUACCGAAUCCUAUUGAAACUUUUGAACAAGCUUUCCAACAUUAUCCUGACAUUCUCAUUGAAAUAAAGAAACAAGGGUUUGUAAAACCAAGUCCUAUACAAUGUCAAGCAUGGCCUGUUCUACUGAGCGGCCAAGAUCUCAUUGGCAUAGCACAAACCGGAACAGGAAAAACUCUUGCUUUUCUAUUACCUGCUCUCAUUCACAUCGAUGGACAAGUGACUCCACGUAACGAGCGACCUGGACCGAAUGUUCUCAUUAUGGCACCAACAAGAGAGUUGGCAUUACAAAUUGAAAAAGAAGUGAACAAAUACUCCUAUCACGAUAUCAAAGCAGUGUGCGUGUACGGUGGCGGAAAUCGCAAAGAACAAAUCGACAUUGUAACAAAAGGCGUGCAAAUAGUAAUUGCGACUCCUGGAAGAAUGAACGACUUGGUGCAAGCCAAUGUGUUGGAUGUAUCAGGCGUGACGUAUCUUGUACUUGACGAAGCGGAUCGCAUGUUGGACAUGGGUUUUGAACCGCAAAUUCGUAAAACUCUGCUGGAUGUACGGCCAGACAGACAAACCGUUAUGACAAGUGCUACGUGGCCCGAAGGUGUUAGACGCUUAGUCAAGUCAUAUAUGAAAAAUCCUAUUCAAGUGUAUGUCGGAUCGCUUGAUUUAGCAGCUGUUCAUACCGUCACACAAAAAGUAUAUGUAAUAUCCGAAGAAGAAAAGUCCGAUAUGAUGUAUCAAUUCUUUCGUGAGAUGGGUCCUCUAGAUAAGGUAAUGGUGUUUUUUGGUAAGAAAGCUAGAGUCGAUCAUGUCGCCAGUGACCUGGCUUGUUUAGGUAUUGAAUGUGAUAGCAUUCACGGUGACAGAGAGCAAGCAGAUAGAGAACAAGCUCUGGGCGAUCUAAAGUCCGGAAGAAUUCGAAUUCUUCUCGCAACAGACGUGGCUAGUCGAGGAAUCGAUAUUGAAGAUAUUACACAUGUAUUGAACUAUGACUUUCCGCGAGAUAUAGAAGAGUACGUUCAUAGAGUUGGACGUACAGGACGUGCCGGGCGUACAGGAGAAUCUAUUACAUAUAUGACAAGAAGUGAUUGGAGUCAUGCGGAAAAAUUGAUCAAAAUACUCGAAGAGGCUUGUCAAGAAGUACCCGGAGAGUUAUAUAGUAUGGCUGAAAGAUAUCAAGCAUGGAAAGAGAAAAAAGGGGAUCGAUUCAGAGGUAGAAGUAGUAGAUAUGGUAACCGAUACUAGUAGACAACCAAAGAUAGAAUUUAGACACAGUUAUUUUGAUCCGUCUAAAGUAAUUUUUUUUUUGUACAACUACAUAUACUAAAAAAUUUAUAAUAUAGUAGAAUAUUUCACUUUUAUGUCGU